AUGUUACUUCAGCUACAAGACAUGCCCACGUGCAUGCUCAGUUCCCCAGGGAAGGUAUGCACGGCAGAUACCAAAAGCUGGAGUGACCUAAUCCUACGUGCAGAGCGAAGUGCGGAGGGGAGCCAAGAAAAUGGAGGACGGAGUUCUGUUCCACGUGAGAGAGUGUCUCCCACUGCUGGUAGUCGAACUCAGUACGAUUCGAAUGUGUUCAACGUGAUUCUCAAUGAAAUACCACCAAGGCCACUUACCGGCGCAGAACGACAGGACAACUCCGCGAGCGACGGCAGUGGAGAUAAUCAGUCUAUUCAGACAAACGUUAUACCGAAUGGUUCACAGAACGAUCAAAGCAGCACUAACCGCGUGGGUACGGUGAUUCCCCCUUCAACCACGAGAAAUCCUCUCUCCCCGCGAAACUCCCCCCCAGCAAGUUCACGACCAAGUCGCGCACGUGUGGAUGGCGUGCUAGUUAGGAACAUAAUUCUUCAGGCUAUUACGAACGUGCAAACGGAGGAACAGACGCUAGAACAAAGGUUGAGGUUAGGCAUAGAUAAAAGUAUCACUCAGUUCGAGACCCCGGAACCCAGUAUCUUCUCGGAAAGUCCUCUGAACGUCUCACCUUUGUCUCGGACAUGUCGCGUCAUUAACUGGAUUGGCACUAUGCUCAAUGAUUUUAAAGUACCCCUGACCAUCCCGCAAGUGUUGACCCACCCGGAGGCCGUGUUACGGAGGAUAUUUUGUCCCUUCCGAAAUCCCGUGUGUAAUUCUGAUGAAAAAUACCGCACGAUUGACGGCUCGUGCAAUAACAUACGGAGACCGCUGAUUGGUGCAGCCUUUACACCAAUGGCUAGAGAGCUGGCACCGGUUUAUGAAAACGACCGGAGGGGUAAGAUCGAUCUGCCUCGGACUAACGGUAGGUUUGGUCCGUUGCCCUCGGCACGAGAGGUAAGCUCUGUGGUUCACUCAGAUCGAGGCUCCCAGGAGAGAGCGACACGAUGGAGCAUGCAGUUGACCCUCUGGGGACAGAUGAUAGCGCAUGAUCUGACGGACCGGGCUCCGGGUAAAGGAUUUGCUGAAUCUGUGAUGUCUUGUUGCAACCAAAGAAUUCCGACCCCGGCCUGUUUCGGUAUUCCAUUGCCCCAAGGAGACAAGCUGAGAGACUCUGGCAGAUCCUGCCUGGAUUUUGCCAGAUCUGUUGAAGUAACGGACCUGGACUGUAAAUUAGGAAGGCGGGAACAGUUGAAUCAAGCCUCGUCAUUCAUCGAUGCUGGGUUCAUCUAUGGUGUCACGAGGUCAAAGAUACGGAGACUGCGCACGAGACAAGGAGGGUUGCUGGCCACAUCUCUGAAUGAUCACUUACCCAUUGUCCCUCACCCUAACAGACAAGCCUCCUUCCAGGGCUACUCAUUUUUCGCUGCAGGAGAUGACCGUGUCAAUGAGCACACGGGGUUGAUGGGGGUGGAGACUGUAUGGGUCAGGGAACACAACCGUAUAGCCAAAACAUUGGGAGCGAUCAACCCAGGCUGGGACGAUGAGACCUUGUUCCAGGAGACUCGUAGAAUAGUGUCUGCCAUGGUGCAGCACAUUACGUACAACGAAUACCUACCUCAAGUUAUAGGCACAGCCAGUAUGACGCAUUAUGGUCUCUGGCCUUUGACAGAAGGCUACUUUAAAGGGUAUGACUCUUCCGUGAACCCAUCGGCGUCUAACGUCUUCACGACGGCGGCGGCCCGCUUCGGGCACAGUAUGAUACGGUCAACCUUCAGUCUCAUGGACAUGAGCUUCAACUCGACGGACGAACCGAUUCUUCCGUUGAAGGACACAUUCUUUACGUCGAUUACGUUUCUGGAGACUGAGCACGCCAUGAUGCGCGGUACCAUGAUGGAUCAAAGCGAGCCCUGCGACCGAAUGAUUAGCGGGGACCUCCUGAAUAAGCUUCAUCAAACCCGAGAAGGCAACGGCGGCGACCUUGCGGCUUUCAAUAUUCAGAGAGGCCGCGAUCACGCGUUGGCCUCGUACACUGCCUGGAGGAAGUUUUAUGGCUUCCCAGAGAUCAGAAACUUCACGAACACCACUGGCGGAUUUGAGGAUCAUCCCAUGGAGACAGUGGAGCUCCUUGAGCGAGUAUACAUAUCCCCAGAUGACGUAGAUGUGUGGACAGGUGGCAUUUCUGAAGUACCGGUAGAGGAUGCCGCAGUGGGGCCGCUGUUCGCUAACAUCAUCGGAAACCAGUUCAAGAGGCUUAAGUAUGGUGACAGAUAUUUCUAUGAAUCAGACUCACAGCCCGUUCCAUUCACUCCAGAACAGUUACGGGAAAUACGAAAAGUGACAUACGCCAGUGUUCUGUGUAACAACCAGCCUUUCAGAACGAUACAGCCCGAGGCAUUCCUUUUAACAACACAGACCAGUAACGCUAAGAUCCCAUGUUCCAACAUUCAAGGCAUCGAUUUAUUGAAAUGGCAGGAACUCUAG